CAAACGGACGAGACCGGACAGUGGGUUUCCUGCUAAAAGACGGAAUGAAGUGGCAAACGGUUUGCGUUGUUGGUGUAACUGGUGACACGCGUCGAAUUCAUUCACGUUUUUCCGAUUGGCCGAUGAUCUAACACAUUUGACGACGUUCGGUUAUACUCGUGUCGCGCCUUCUGUUCGCCUUGAUUUGCUUUAUCUUGUCUUGUCUUGCCCUGUCUCACUUCGCCUCACCUAGCCUUGCAUCGCAUCGCUCCGCCGUUUUCACUGCAUCGCGUCGCGUUGCGCCGCGCCGCGAUCACGCGUCUUCGUUUCCUCCCCUUUCGCUUUUCUACACCUUAUUUUUCGAUCGAUCUAUCAAACGGUGGAUUGAUUUGAUUGCUCGUUGCACAUUACGAUCAGCGCUACUCGCACGUACACGCAACCGUCCUGCACGAGGAUCAUGGAUGACGAAAGGAUCAAGCUAUUCAAAGACAAGGCUGUGUACGGAUAUGGGACGAGCAUUCCACCGAAUAACACUGAGACCGAUGAGAACGAAGAGACUUCGUCGAAAAAGGUGAUCUUUUGCGUGCACGGCAAGCUUUCUGGCUGUUGCACCGUCGCGAAAGGCGUUACAUCGAUCGAGGAAACAGCACCUGCAGCAGUUGUCGAUGCCACAGCCACUGCUACCGGUGUCGGUAGUGCAGAUUUCCAACAAACUUUAUCCAUUCCACCUGAAGACCAUUGUCACCGAGAAAGAAACGAGGAGAUCGAUAAAAAGGCAAGGAAGAAAUUACUGCUUGCUAGUACGCUGUGUGUAAUUUUUAUGAUAGCAGAAAUCGUAGGUGGAGUGCUGUCGAAUAGUUUGGCGAUCGCAACGGACGCUGCUCACUUAUUAACCGACUUCGCAUCGUUUAUGAUCUCUUUGUUCUCGAUAUGGGUAGCGAACAGACCAGCCACGAAAAAAAUGCCCUUUGGCUGGUAUCGAGCAGAGGUAAUAGGAGCCUUGACGUCGGUUUUAUUAAUAUGGGUGGUCACUGGAAUUCUCUUUUACCUAGCAGUCGAAAGAAUAAUUAACAAAAGUUUCGAAUUAAACAGUACAGUUAUGUUGAUCACCUCUGCUGUUGGCGUUGCGGUAAAUCUAGUAAUGGGUUUGUCGCUGCAUCAGCAUGGCCACAGUCACGGACACGAUUUACACAAGUCGAAUCAAAAUAUAGAGAACGAGGAAAUCGACGAGGAAGAUCUUCGCCGCGAUAAAAGAAAUAUCAACGUUCGCGCUGCUUUUAUUCACGUUUUAGGGGACUUCAUACAAAGCGUAGGCGUCUUCGUUGCGGCAUUGGUUAUUUAUUUCAAGCCAAAUUGGAGCAUUGUCGAUCCGAUUUGCACCUUCCUUUUUUCACUGUUGGUAAUACUAACUACGGUUGCGAUAAUCAAGGACGUGAUGAACGUCUUAAUGGAAGGAAUUCCGAAAGGAUUCGAGUAUUCCCAAGUGGAAAACACGUUCAUGCAAAUCGAAGGUGUGGUGAAGGUACACAAUCUUCGUAUCUGGGCACUCUCGUUGGACAAAACCGCGCUUUCCGCGCAUCUUGCAAUAAAACCAGGUGCUAGCCCUCACAAUAUACUACGCACUGCCACUAGAAAUAUUCAUGAUAACUAUAAAUUUUUCGAAAUGACGCUUCAAAUAGAAGAGUUUGAUGAACGAAUGGAAAAUUGUAAGCAAUGCAAAGCGUUAUCACAGUAGCUGGAAAUCUUCGGGAUACAAUCGAAUUUGAUCGCAAGAAACUCAAACUAUGCGUCGUGAAUUCCCAACUCGUGUGGAAGCUUUUCCAAAGUUAUGCCCGCCGGCAAUUGUAAAAUCCACAGGGACGACGUUUCACUCUCGCAACAAUUUAUUCGCGAAACAUGAUCUAUUAUCGAAACAGUCAUUUACUCUCUUUUUUCUUAAUUUCUUUCUUUCAUAACGUAGAAAAUAUAGCUAUUUAUUUUAAAUGUGACUUUCAACAAAAUAAUUGAAUAAUCGUGUAUGGAAUAGACGGGAAGAAAUGAUUUAUUCUGUAUUUACGCUUACUAGCGAGGGAAAUUGUGUAAUCCUAAUGAAAAUAAAAUAAUGAAACGAGAAAAUGAACAAAUCAAAAA